AUGGAUUACGGCACUAUGUUCUUGAUCCCAGGAAAUAAAGCAGGUCUGAAUAAACUGGACAAAAUUCAGGCUAAAUGCUUACGCAUAAUAUUAGGAGCCAUGAAAUCUAGCCCGAUUAAUGCCAUGCAAGUAGAGUGUGUGGAACCUCCCCUUUCACUUCGCCGUCAAUUUCUUUCCAAUAAAUUUUUUCUCAAAUUAUCUGAAUGUUGUGGACAUCCCUUGCUUCCAAAAUUAGACCAACUAUUUGCUUUAUACAAUAAUAAUAAUAUUCCUGAAGACAAAAGACCCUGCAUUCUCCACAGUUACUUAUUAUUCUCUCACCUCUCUUACCCCCUCUUCCAAUAUUCUAAAUUGCCUCUAUUUACUAUGCCUUUUAGUGCACUCACUUUCCAACCAUUUGUAAUUUUAAACUUAGGUAUAGAUAAGUUUUCCAUAGAAGCCAAUAAAACUUUUUCUCAGAUAAUGUACUCUGAUUUUCAAAAUUGGCAUAAAAUCUACACUGAUGCUUCAAAAACAGACAUGAGCCCUGUUGGUGCUGCAGCAUGGAUUCCUUCAACAAGAAUUAUACUCAGUUACAGCUGCCCAUCUAUCACUUCUGUUUUCACUGGGGAAUCAAUUGCCAUUCUUGAAGCAAUUUUAUUUGUUAAGACUCAUGGCAUGAACAAUUCUAUUAUUCUUUCAGACUCCAAAAGUUGCCUUCAAUCAAUACUGUCAAAUCCAUUUAGGUCUAAAAGUAAUUUUCCAAUUAUAUUUAAAAUAAGGGAAUCUUUGAAAGAAUGCUAUGACCUCAAUAUUAACAUCGUUUUAGCAUGGAUUCCAGGUCAUUCAGGCAUUCUUGGUAACGAAAAUGCAGAUGCCUGUGCGAAGACAGCUAUUGCAACAGGUUCCCUCCAAUACUCAAAAAUUUUCUCCCAUGACUUGCGCACCAUCCUGAAACCCAAGUUGCAUGAGAGUUGGUCCAGCAUUUGGCAAGUUUCCAAAAACUCUAAAGGCAAAUUUUAUGGAGAUCUACAACCCGUAAUUCCUCAGAAACCUUGGUUCUCGAAAUUUAAAAUUCCCAACAAGUAUAAGAAAAUAAAACUUGUUUCAAUCUUAAGCACCGAUCAAUACCAUUAAAAUUAGUAAAAGAAUACUCUAAGCUUGGUGGUCUACCUUAACGUGACAUUGGCAAACUUGUGGUAUACCUUCCACAGGAGCCAUAGUAGGAAGAAUAGAAUAGAAUUUAUUUUUAGGUGUCGCUGUGCAACGUAUAGAUCAAAGAAGUUAAUCUUUAAUAACCUCAAAAUGGUACUGUAAACGGCAUUUUGUUUUGCUUUUAUGUCAAUGUAAUUUUGCAGUUAUAAAGCUAUUUAAAUAUGAUUUUUAAAUAUUCGUUUAAUGUAUUUUGGUUUGAUUUGGCCUUGUUACCAAUGCUCUAAAAAAAUAAAAUGUGUCAAAAUGUCAAUAACUGUUACUUGUCAAUUAUUCAUAUAAUAUAAUUAAUAACAAUCAGCAAGAUAUUGUCGCAUAGUAACGCUUCGACAUACUUGAAGAGAGUUACGUUCCGGACGUUUUUUCCCGGUUAGAGUAUCCCUCUGCAUCGUCCCACAAGGAACUAUAACGAAUAAAAACAAAACUAGCGACCUGCGAGAAAGCGAUGGAUUAGAGUCUGUUGGAAAUAAGAAAAAUUAUAAAGAUUAGAAGUGAAACAAUUAGGAAAAACUUGUUGAUACUCUUAAGUACGCUGUAACACAAAAGUUGCAAUGGGCAGGUCAUGUUGCGAGAUUCACGGACAAAAGAUGGAAUGACAAUGGGAAGGACCAUCAGGCAAAAGGAAAACAGGAUGCCUAAAACAGAUGGGUUGAUGAAAUAAUAAAAAAAAACGGUAGGAAAAGAAUGGAGAGACUUUAUCUCUCCAUUCUUUUCCUGAAGAGGGAUACAUGGAGUAACCUGGAGGAGGAGGAGUCAAUGGAGGGACACCCAGAAUCAAUAUACGCGUAGUCUUAAGAUAAUAUGUAUGUGAAAA